AUUUUCACUUUAACUUUAUUCUCCCUCCUAACAAUUAUCGUUUGUUAUAUUGUUAUAACUCUAGCUUCUGUCAUCUCAAAAAAAACAAUUACUGAUCGUGAAAAGAAUUCUCCCUAUGAGUGCGGAUUUGACCCUAAAGGAUCAGCACGCUUUCCUUUUUCCUUACGCUUUUUUCUAAUUGCUGUAAUUUUUCUUAUUUUUGACGUAGAAAUUACUUUACUUCUUCCUCUCGCAUCAAUUUUUAAUGUAACUAAUCUAUUCUCAUGGCUUUCUACUGGGACUUUAUUUCUUCUUAUUCUUUUAAUUGGACUUUACUACGAAUGAGCUCAAGGCGCCUUAGAGUGAUCAAAAUAA